AAAAAGGAGAACCAUUUUUGUUCUGACGUACCUUUUAAUCAUUCACGAUUUAUAUUCACGGUAGUUAUUAUCCUGCUAAAAUUCAUGAAUUAGAAAAAAUCGGCAUAUCUAAAAAUAAAGCACACAAUUGAUCCCCUCAGUCAUGUGCGAAAUGUGGCAGGAUAUUUGCCAUGGCUGUUUGUAUUUUGAAAAUUCCGACAGGAAGUCGUGCUGUACAUCGUCUCUGACUCGACGCCGGUCUCUUCACACUGUCCACAGUCAGUCGUAUCGCAGACACAGAAGCGCUGGAUUCAAGUGCUUGACCCUGUUGUCCGUGGCCCUGACAGCGUCAGUUCUUCCAGAAGUCUUUUCCAUAUAUAGCCGGGAAUUGAAAAUGGAAGUGGCUAUGCCAGAAACAACUUAGCGCUUGCUGUACGGUUUUCAAAGGACAGUUUUAAAAAUGUCUUAGUACUACAUCUAUGUGACAGACAAAUGUGGUUGUCUGGUGUAAAUUCACAUCAAGCGAGUGGACAUGGUGUGUUCAGCUCCCGCACACUCUGUCCAGUUAGCCUGAACCGUUUGGAGUAUUUCCAGCAGAGACAACACAUCUGAUGCGCGCUCAAAUUGAUUCUCCUGAAACAGUCUGGAGCUUGUGUCACAAUGGCUCAGCUGUGCUUUCGUGAGACUGCAGGGGAUUGGACUUGGUCUGGAUGGCUGACGGACAGGGGCGCAGCAGACCAAUCACAUGAUCACAUGACAAGAUGCUGGCUCGUAACCGCUUCCUCCUCCUGGUGGUGGUAGGUGGAGCAGCGCUGGCCAUCCUCAGCCUGAGCCUCCAGUUCUUGAACCUGAUCCCCACCACACCCAUAGUGGAGGAGCGCCCUUUCCAUGCUGCAGAUGGAGGUAUCGGGGUGGCUGUGGGGAAGAGCAGAAAGCGAGUGUUCCCACAGCCUCACACCCAGGAGCCCAACCCCAUAUUUGAGGCUUAUGGGUACUGCAACAUUCCCAACCGCACUGAACAGGCCUGGGAGGGUCACAGUCCUGCUGACUACAAGCUGCUGUCUGUCCAUGUGAUGAUUCGCCACGGUGAUCGCUAUCCGCUUUAUUCCAUUCCCAAGACCAAGCGACCCGCCAUUGACUGCACCCUGUCCACUAGCAGGAAACCCUCCCACCCCCUGCUGGACUCCUUCAUCCAUCACAUGGGCCUGGGGGGUUGCGGCCACUGGGAGUCACCUCUGGGCUCGGUUCCUCGUCUGCCCAGCCACAGUGCCUGUGAGAUGGGAGAACUCACGCAGACAGGUGUGGUGCAGCACCUUCGCAAUGGGCAGCUCCUCCACCACGCCUACAAACAACACAGUCUCUUCCCUUCUGAUUGGUCACCCCGUCAGAUCUGGGUGGAGACCACAGGGAAGAGUCGCACUCUUCAGAGCGGGCUGGCCUUCCUCUACGGUUUCCUUCCGGACUUUGAUUGGACGAAGCUGACCGUGCGUCACCAGUGGAGCACGCUGUUCUGCGGCUCGGCCUGCGACUGCCCUGCCAGGAACAGGUACCUGGAGGAGGAGCAGAGGAGGCAGUAUCAGCUCAGAGCGGCCGAUACCGAACUGGAGAGAACUUACAUGGAUAUGGCACGAACUUUGGGUCUUCCCACUCGGCAGCUCCGAGCUGCAAACCCCGUAGACUCCCUGCUGUGCCACCUGUGCCAUGGCCUUUCGUUCCCAUGUGUUCCCAUAGGGGAUAGUGGCGCCGGCGGAUGCCUGACUAUGGAACAGUUUGCUGUGAUCCGACGGCAGCAGCUGGACGAUGAGGUGGACCGGAGGAGAGCAGGGCUGUACCACAAAUACGCUAUCCUGGCGAUGUACCCCUAUCUCAACCGAACCGCCGCCAAGAUGGAGCGGAUCGCUAAGAGCAGCGAGGCUGGUCGUCAGCCUCGUUCUGCAGGCGAGGAGGUCUUCACCCUCUCUUCAGCCCAUGAUGUCACAGUGGCUCCAUUGCUAAGUGCCCUGGGUCUGGAAGAAGCCCGGUUCCCAAGGUUUGCAGCAAGAAUUGUCUUUGAACUGUGGAAGAGUCCCCCGGCGAUACAAGGCCAAGUAAAAAAGAGAAGUGGAAAAGGCGAGAAGUCAAAGGCCAAAUACGGCGAAACAUUCAUCCGGGUGCUGUACAACGGCGAGGACGUGACAUUUCACACCACCUUCUGUCGCUCACACGACCGCCACGUCAGCCAGCCUCUCUGCCCUCUGAAAAAUUUCCUGUCUUUUGUUAGGAGAGACAUGUUCAGCGUUGUCAAUGCCACCUCCUACAAGGAGGCCUGCUACAGGCGCCCUGGUUGACAGACGGAGAGGAGGGCGACUGAGUAAAGCUUGAUGGCAGAUGGUUGUACUUUCAUUGAGAACCUGUUUUGAAGACGGUGUACUCUUACUCUGCUCGUAGUGUCUUACAAUCACCACAUUUUAUAACAUGGUCCUUUACAUUUCUGAGCAUGAAGUGAGACACAAUCACACACAACAUGACCUUCACUUUAUAACCUUUGUACAAGCUUACGAUCAUUUUAUAAGGAUCUGUUCUCGACUCUAUCUGUACAACACAAACAAUUCAAGGGAAGUUGAACAGCACUCAGCCACUUUAUUCCAACAUUCCAUGACAACUUGAAAUUGUAACAUUUCGUUAUUCCCAAAUGCCUGUAAGAAAGAGGAAUAUUGAAGCUGGAAAUACUAUGAUGGGAAUAUUUUGUGUAUAAUAAUGUAUUUCAGUGAAAACUUUGGGCUAGUUUGAGCUGUAGAACUCAAGACGACCAAGUUGUGUUUUAACAUUUAAUCUUUGCAGCAGGCUUUGUUUUUAGCAGUAGCAUUCUGACACGUUGCCAUGUGUCUUUUUAUUCUUUGCUUUAUUCAAAUUGUUUGCGGUACUUUAAUAGUGACAGUUUGGUGCUAUUAGUAAUCAUGCUCUUCUUCUCAUUUUCGGUCUUUCUACUGAAUCUAAUAAAAGUUUUUUCCGAACAGACGUACGUUACUGUAAAACACAAGCAGUAAAAUAAAUGCCGUCAUGUUUUAAUGCUCUGUUCUCUUAGUGUUUUUUUUUUUUCAGCUUUGACCCAUUUGGUUUGGAUUUUGAAUACUGAAUAAACAAAUAAAAGCUGUUUCUAAUCUUA